AUGGCAUUAAUCGAACGGUCCAUAUUACAAAAAAUUAAGGAAGUUAUAUCCUCCCACUUAAAAGAUUAUAAUUCAUUUACAGCUUCCGAACUAGUAAGAAACAAUCCACCAACAUGGUAUUGCGAGAAUAAAAAACUAGUUUAUAAUAUGGCAUGUCCAAAUGGUGCUGAUUCAUUUCAUGGAACUUUAAAGUAUACACAAUGGACACAAUUUGACUUACCAAAAAGUUUUAAUGUUGAAGAAAGGAAUGGGAUUGGAGGUGGAAGGAAAGGAAAAUUAGAGAUUGAAGUAUUAAAUGAU